UAUGUUUGCAGCCGCCGCACACUUAUAAUCUGCACAAGGGCCAUGCAUGUAUUGCAUAGCCAACAUAGCCCCGCUGCAGAUUUGAAUAGCCUAUCCAAAAAUACCUUCCAGGCCAAACACGAGUCUAUUCGCAUGCGUGCUUGCAACCCUGAAUGCCUUUAUAAUAACUAUCAGUACUAGUUUGCCAUUGAAGCGAUCCAUUCCGUCCACUAUGAUUCAAGCUAUGCCCAACAAUCGACUUGAACGUUUUGUCUACCUGAUUAUGAUGGUAUCCCUCACUAUCGUAUCUAUCGCGCUCACUAGCAUCAUAUUCAAGUCAAUGCUCUCAAGGGAAAACUUGAACAUUCAAACACGCACCCCAAGGCAGCAGCAAAAUUUUACUUUCAUGGGCGACGACUUUCCUGAGUCCCUAGUACCUGACGCGGGCAAAGUGAGAUUCGUGGCGGAGGAAAGCGUACGAUUUGCGCUAGACCUUCCAGAGUCCAAGACGGAAUGGCUUUCUACUUCUCCCCCGGGGACUGGACAUGUAGUUUUGGGUGCGGAGAAUCGGUCUUUCUUCGUGGCCAUGUUCCAUCAGCUUCAUUGUCUCAGGCUCUUCCGAGUGGCUCUCGCGGGUCCAAACUUUGAUCAAGAGCAUACUCAUCACUGUCUUAAUUAUCUAAGACAAUGGAUACUGUGCCAAGCAGAUCUGACACUGGAGGCAGGAGAUUUUACAACGCGAGACUUCGAACAACACCGCGUUGGUGCUACACACGUCUGCAGAGACUGGGGGGAGCUGUACGACAGUGUUGCCAUCAAUUGGAAAGACCGGCAACUUGGCAAUCAUACAGCAUGAGUGGACGAAUUCCACACCUUUUAGUAGUAGAACUGUUGUAGUAGCGUAGGGCA